AUGAUAAAUAGCCAAGAUAUGACAAAUGUAAAUUCAAGUGACACAAAAGAUAAUCAAUCAAUUUCAAAGCGAGAAGUGCAUUUACAAGGCUUUAACAUAACUCACGUCGACACCGAUAACAGCGAUAAUACAUCUAAUCUAGAUGAUAUAGCAACAAAAUUUUCUCCAUCACAUUCAUUACAUUACAAAGAUGGAGCAUGCCAAUCAAAUUCAAUAUAUCUACAAUUUUUAUAUAGCCAUGACAAAUGGCCAGCUAAUGUUGAGAGAGCAUUUAUCUCAGCUUUACGUCUAAUUAUUAAGAGUGGAACUUCUAAAACAAAGAUAAGAAAUAGGAAUUAUGGUCGUAAUGAAUUAAUAUCGUUGUAUAUUAGGUUUCAUACAGGGGAAAUUAGAACUAAAAAACAAAUAUCUUCACAUAUUCAAGUUUGGAAAAAAUCUAUUUUAAAUAAACUUUCAGGUAAUAUUACUCUGACUCCAUUAGACAGUGAAGUGUUAAAUUUAAUUGAAAAUGGAGCUGAACAAAAUGAAAGAUCGUUAAAUUUAUUUUAUACAGUUUUUAAUGAAAUUAUUGACGCCAUGAAUAAUGAUAAAAAUUAUCAAAAAUAUAAAGACACAAUAAUGAGACCGUUGAGAAGUAACAAUAACAAUACUGGCAGAUCCGAUUAUAACAACUUAAAUAUGAAUAAUCCUAAUGGUAUCAAUAGUAACACCAUAUAUUACAAACAAAGUCCACAACAACAACAAAUGUUACAAGUAUCCGGACAACCAGUUCUGGUGCAGAAUCAGACUAUCAAUAAUCCUCCUACUUACUCCAUUUUACAAAGUGUCCCUGUUAUGUUUGUACAGGAUAAUUUACAGCCUAAUAUUCUAAGACCUGUCACCUAUAGUGAUGGUUCACUUGUCAUAGCAAAUGGAUCACCACCACCACCUCAAACACAACAACGACGGGUAUGGGGAAACAACAAUGACAACAACAAUAGUACUUAUUCUAAUACCACCAAUAGUGGCGCUUAUAAUAUCAAUUCCAACGAUACGACCAAAAAUGUUUUUGGAAACAAUUUUGGAAAUGAGACUAAAUUAUCCGGGCAAUAUCAGACAUAUCCAUAUAAUUACGUGGAAAAACCUUGGACUAUACCAGCCAAUAACAUAAUAUCAUCAGCUUCAUCUUUAUCAUCAUCUGGAUCUGCCAUAUCUUAUCCACAAUGGGGUGCACCGUCCUUAUCUAUCAGCAAUAGUGAUAAAACAGCCUCAUCAACAACGUUAUCAAAAACGCAUGACUUAUUUUCUACAGCAAAUAAUUCAUUAACGCCAAUGAGAUCCAAAAAUGACAAAAGAUCACUAUCAAUCGCUGAUUUAAAUGAUCCAGACAAUAUUCAAAAUCCACUUACUUCUACUAAUAAUUAUUCUCCAAUUAUUAAUAAUAUGAGUAAUCAUUAUCAUCUUAACCAUGAAAAAGUUAAGCUACCACCAGUAACAGAAAAUCAAUUCUUUAAAGCAAAUGAUAACAUGUUAAAAUCAACAGUUUUGCCAUCUAUUCCAUAUUCUUCCUAUCCUAUGUUUAAUAAUAGUAAUAUCAAUAAUAGUUCCAAUAAUGAAAAUAAUAAUGAACCUGAUAAUUUUAAUAACUAUCCAAUAUCAAGAUCUAGUAUAUCUUCUGCAACUAAAGAUAUAAGAAGAGAUAGUCUUACUAUGACCAAUAAUCCUAUUCAAAAGGAAUCAUAUUCCUCCCCACAUGAUAUUCCUAACAACAUUAAUAGACGUUUCUCUACAAACGAAAAUAAUGUAACGAUACUUCCUCCACUUUCUACAUAUAGAUACGCAGAGAAUAAUAACGAGUAA